UCCUUCUCGAAUCCACGAUUUCUCUUUUUUCCCCUUAUCAUUUACUCCACCCAGAACCUUCUAGAAAGAACAAAACCUAACUUCCGCUCCCACUCUCUCCCUCUCUCUCAACAUGGCCGUCUUUCACUUUCUUACGGUGUUGAAACCUUUGAUUCAACGGUGUUGAUCGCAUGAGCCAGGUUUCUUGCUUCUUGAUUGGUGGGUGGGAAAAUUUUUGGUUUUCUUUUAGUUAAGGAGCUAAAGGCACGCCAAAGGAGUUCUGUAGGGUUCGGAUCCAGGCCCGAACCGCAUGGCACCAUUGCCGGCCGACCAACCCUGCGAAUCCCAUGCUGUUGCUGCCGCUGACUCGCAACGAUCGUUACCUACACCGUUCCUUACCAAAACCUAUCAGCUCGUCGAUGAUCCCUCCGUUGAUGAUUUGAUUUCAUGGAACGAAGACGGAUCAACUUUCAUCGUUUGGCGCCCCGCUGAGUUCGCCCGUGAUUUGCUUCCUAAAUACUUCAAACAUAACAAUUUCUCUAGCUUCGUCCGUCAACUCAACACAUAUGGAUUUAGAAAGGUAGUGCCCGAUCGAUGGGAGUUCGCUAACGAUUGUUUUCGAAGAGGGGAGAAAGGACUUCUCCGAGAUAUACAGCGCCGGAAAAUUACUCCUCCUACUGCUGCUGCUUCCGCGACGGUUACCGUUGCGGCGGUUCCUUGUAAAGUGUCCCCAUCGAAUUCGGGCGACGAGCAGGUUAUUUCCUCGAAUUCGCCUCCUGUCGCCACCGUUGUGCAUCUGACCACGAGCUGCACGACAACGUCGGAGCUUUUAGAGGAGAAUGAGAGGCUUAGAAAAGAAAACAUGCAGUUGAAUCAUGAGUUGACUCAAUUGAAGGGAUUGUUUAACAAUAUAUUAACUUUGAUGACGAACUAUGCUUCCUGUCAUUUGGAGAACCAUUCAAAUUUGGCGGAAGGGAAGGCGUUGGAUCUUUUGCCAACGAGGAAUUGCGCUAGAACAGCGGAGGAUGGUGGUUCGAAUAGGGCCGCGGAGAUGGAGGAAGAGGAGGACGCGGCGGAGGAUGUGACACCAAAGUUGUUUGGAGUUUCCAUUGGGGUGAAGCGCGUGAGGAGAGAGGAUGAGGAUGAAGAGGAGCAGAAUAAUAAUCAAGUACAGCAGCAGGAGGUUGAGCCUGGGUGUGAGGUUAAAGCAGAGCCGUUGGAUGGGAAGACUGAGGAUCAGGAUUCUUCGUGGCUGGAGCUUGGUAAAUGAUCAAAUGAGUACUAUUAUUUGAUUUUUAAUUAUUGGAUGGUAACGAUGAUCAUGAGGACGGUAAAGGAGCGUGGCCCCAUGGGAGCGUGGUCCGAGGAAUCACGUGUUGGAACACCACACAUAGCAUGAGGAAGCAUUCAUUCUGGUUGCUUCUGGAAUGUGAAACUCCUUCGCAUCGGGGUCGAGGAGAGGGAUAUUGUACAGGCACGCAGAACAUAAAAGAUCAAACGACGCGGCUUCGACAACAGUUUUCUGCCAACGAAAACGAAUAUCAUAGCUUGGUUUUCAAUCCCCACGGUAGGUUAUUCCUGAAGAUUAAACAGCAGUCGGUUAAAAAUAGAAUAAAAAUAGAAUAUUUAUCCAUUCA